AUGGGCGAGAGACACGAUGCAGUCAACACUCGUGACGGCGGGCCAUCCCACGGCGUCAUGAUCAUGGGCGGGUCAUCAGCCCGUGCACUGGGGGUGGGACGGGGAGCGGAAGCGAGAGACGCUUUCGUGAAGGCGAGGGACGAGGAGCUGUGGCACGUGGCGGCUGGGUCGCUGGCCAUGGUGCCUGCUGUGGGGUCGCUCGCUGUGUACUUCCCUCAGGGGCACAUCGAGCAGCAAGUGCUGCUCCAACAGAGGGCACAAGGCCGGGCGUUGCACGGUGAGGCGCUGGAGGAUUUGAGUGUGCACCUCGCAGCUCUUCCUGCCGACACGCCCCUCCCUCCCAGCCACAUCUUCUGCCGCGUCACUGCCGCCACCCUACAGGCCCAUCCAGACACCGACAGCGUGUGCGCCGCCUUGCAGAUCCACCCCAUAGACGAGGUGAAUAUCUCGCCCCUUUCCUACCUCGUCAACUUUAACUCACAUUCCCUCUUCCACUCUUUCUUCUGUUCUCUCUCCCCCAGUCUGAAGCGGCUACCUCUCAAGCAGCCAUCACAGCCGGAGCACAGGAAGCAGCAGCAGCAGCAGCAGCAGCAGGGGGGAGGAGAGCAGACGGUGGUGGGGAGGAGGGAGGUGCGAGUGCUGCAGGGCUGA